UGCUCCAAGUUUUACCUUUUCCAGUUCUUCACUCGUUCCUCCAAUGAUCCGCGCGUACAAAACACCCGAUUCCUGGCCGCUCCCCCCUUUCCCCCCGUGGAUACGUGCCCCAUAUAUUUAAGGAUCAUCAACAUCAUAAUCACCAUCAUCAUCAGCAACUCAGCGCCGGCAUCGUGGCCAGCACCCCUGUAGUGGGUGCGUGCUUUUUGGUGCGAGACCAGCGACGACAGUGAAAAUUCUUUAAGGUCGUCAUCAUCAAACGAAGCAUCGGCACCCACAGCAGCCAUGGGCGGCGCCUUCAGGAAGGAAAUCCCGGAUCCGCGGACGGGGCUGACGGAGCGUGAGCGGGCCGCCAUAUUGCAGACGUGGAAGCGCUUCCUGGACGCUCACAAGGACUACGGCGAGCUCAUCUUCCUGGCGAUGUUCACGCGCCACCCGGACUACAUCGAGCUGUUCCGCCAGUUCCGGGGCAAGACCGCGGCCGAGCUGCCCGGUGAAGCCCAGUUCCGCGCGCACGCAUGCGCCGUCGGCUACCAGCUCAGUUCCAUGGUGGACAGCGUCCACGACUCGGUGCUGCUGGAGGCGCUCAUCCGCAAGAACGCCAUCUCGCACCUCGAGAGGCCGGGCGUCCACCCCUUCCACUUCCAGUCUCUGGGCUUGGCGGUCAUCGAUGCGAUGAAAGCGAAGGACGAAAAGGGCAUGACCUUUGUCGCGAUCGGCGCCUGGGAGAAGUUCUUCACAUUCUUGCUGGGCGUAACCGUGAAGGUGUACGAGGAGUGUCCGGCGAGCGCGAGCGCUCCUAGGAAGGAAAGCAUCCCCGGGCCAGCGGCAAACUCCCAGAGCACCUCACCGGCGACCGGCGGCGGGCACCAGCGCAAGAGCAAGAAGCGGUCUUCGUCCAGCACGGGGCCUGCAUCGCCCACCAAGAACUAA